AUGGCUUUCAUUGCAUUUCUCACCUUCCAGACCAUCCCAGACUCACCGCCACCUGUACAUCCAACGCAAGAAGGCCAUCUCCUCGAAAAUCAGCUUCCCAAUCCCGCUCAGAUAGGAAGCCCCACCGUCGCGCCGCCGGGGAACUGGCUCCGUGUCAGGCGACCGAAGUAG